AGUUGUCACGUCUUAUUGGCCCUUGGUUAGACCAGCCAGGGUCCACUAGCCCUGAGCUGCAGGGAGGCUGCAGUGUCCACUUAACACUUCAGCAUCUAUAGCACAGCAGGGCCCAGCAGCUACAGUCCUCUACCAGCUGCGGGUUUGCUCCCAAGCCCACUCUGCUCCAUCCAGAUCAGCUCACCCUCUCCCUUCUCUGCCCUCCAGGACUCCCUUAGCCUCUGGCAAGAGCCUCAGCUCACUUUGCCAAGAUGUCCAGGGUAGCCAAGUAUCGCCGGCAGGUGAGUGAAGACCCCGACAUCGACAGCCUGCUGUCCACCUUGUCUCCCGAGGAGAUGGAGGAGCUGGAGAAGGAGCUGGAUGUGGUGGACCCAGAUGGCAGUGUUCCCGUGGGGCUGCGGCAGAGAAACCAGACGGAGAAACAGUCCACUGGCAUGUACAACCGGGAAGCCAUGCUCAACUUCUGUGAAAAGGAGACCAAGAAACUUAUCCAGAGGGAGAUGUCCUUGGAUGAAAGCAAGCAAGCAGAGACCAAGACAGAUGCCAAGAAUGGAGAGGAAAGGGGCAAAGAUGCCAGCAAAAAAUCCCUGGGCCCCAGACGGGACUCAGACCUGGGGAAGGAGCCAAAGAGGGGUGGUUUGAAGAAAAGCUUCUCCAGAGACAGAGAUGAAGCUGAUGGCAGAGGUGGCCAGAAGUCCAAGGAGGAGAAGACCAUCAGGGGCAUCGACAAGGGCCGGGUGAGGGCUGCAGUGGAUAAGAAGGAGGCCGGGAAGGAUGGGAGGGGGGAAGAGAAGACAGCCGCCACCAGGAAGGAGGAGGAGAAGAAAGCGAGUGACAGGAGCACGGGUUUGAGCAGAGACAAGGAUAAAAAGAGAGAGGAGAUGAAAGAGGUGGGCAAGAAAGAGGAUGGUGAGAAGGUAAAGGGGGAUAGUAAGAACACAGACAUCAGAAAAGAGGAUGAGAAGAUGAAAAGAGCAAGCGGGAACACCGACAUGAAGAGACAAGAUGACAAGGUGAAGAGAGAAGCUGGGAACACAGACACAAAAAAGGAGGACAAAAAAGUCAAGAAGGAUGAGUCCCUAAAUGAAAAGGCAGCCAAGGAUGAGGGCAAGACCAAAACACCAGAAAAAGCAGCCCCUAGUGGCCCCCCCACACCCUCUGAAGGACCUGCCAAGGUGGACGAGGAAGCAGCUCCCAGCAUAUUUGAUGAGCCCCUGGAGAGAGUGAAGAACAACGACCCAGAGAUGACUGAGGUGAAUGUCAACAACUCAGACUGUAUCACAAACGAGAUCUUGGUCCGGUUUGCUGAGGCUCUGGAGUUCAAUACUGUGGUCAAGGUGUUUGCCUUGGCCAACACGCGAGCUGAUGAUCAUGUGGCCUUUGCCAUCGCCAUCAUGCUCAAGGCCAACAAGACCAUCACCAGCCUCAACCUGGACUCCAACCACAUCACAGGCAAAGGCAUCCUGGCCAUCUUCCGGGCCCUCCUCCAGAACAACACGCUGACCGAGCUCCGCUUCCAUAACCAGCGACACAUUUGCGGUGGCAAGACGGAGAUGGAGAUUGCCAAGCUGCUCAAGGAGAACACCACCCUGCUCAAGCUGGGCUACCAUUUUGAGCUGGCUGGGCCCCGAAUGACGGUCACCAACCUGCUCAGCCGCAAUAUGGACAAACAGAGACAGAAGCGGCUGCAGGAGCAGAGGCAAGCACAGGAAGCCAGCGGGGAAAAGAAGGAUCUGCUGGCGGUGCCCAAGGUUGGGGCCCUGGCCAAGGGCUCCCCCAAGCCUUCACCCCAACCAUCUCCAAAGCCCUCUCCAAAGAACUCGCCCAAGAAAGGGGGUACUCCUGCUGCCCCACCCCCGCCGCCUCCGCCCUUGGCUCCGCCCCUUAUCAUGGAGAACCUGAAGAACUCACUGUCACCAGCUACCCAGAGGAAGAUGGGAGACAAAGUCCUUCCUGCCCAGGAGAAGAAUUCUCGUGACCAGCUGUUGGCCGCCAUCCGCUCGAGCAACCUCAAGCAGCUCAAGAAGUUAAGUAGCUGUGGGCAGGAGCAAAUAGGGGAGGGGCUGGGCAGGGAGCCUGGGGCAAAGGGUGGAAGUACCCAAACUGCUUCAGUAGGCCCAGGCUGCCAGGCACUGUCUGCCAAUGCCAUGGCUGCCCAGGCCUUAACCUCCAAGGGCUGCACAGACCUGCCCACCCCGCCCCUGGCUGACCUGCUGUGGAUGUCUCUAUUCUGCCAUGGAAUAGCCUGA